GGCCGCUCUGAGGUGAGGGGACCCCUCCCGGCGGCGUCCGUAAUUGUGCAGGAGCUCUCCGUCUGGCGGUGCCGUGGAGGCCACGAUGUGGAGGCUGGCGGCUCACGUCCUGCAGGGGACCAAAGUCCACACCGUGCUCCAGGGCAGGCGUGUGCUCGCCGCGGCCACCCCACUGCCGUGCCACCGGCGGGGGACAGCGCGAGGGGCCCACACCAGCAACAUGAGCACGGCGAUACACAAGGUGGAGGCUCCGGACGCGGAGCACCUUGUCCGCGUGCAUUGGGAGGACGGGAGCGAGAGCCGCUACCCAUGCGUCUGGCUGAGGGACAACUGCCAGUGCCCCGACUGCUUCCUGAGCUCGGCCAAGGCGCGCAGGCUGCUCUUCGAGGACCUCGACGUUGACAUCGUGGCGAAGGAAGUCACUCUGACAGACAGAAAAAAGGUAUCUAUUACAUGGCCCGAUGAACACACAAGCGAAUAUGAAGCUGAGUGGUUGAAAAAACGAUGCUUCUCUGAAGCAGCCAGAGCAGAAAUGCGAGAAGAUCUGUUUUUACCAGAACGUCAGUACUGGGGCUCAGACCUGCAGCUUCCCGAAAUACCUUUUGAAGAAAUCAUGUACAAUGAUCAAAGUGCAUACCAGUGGCUGUGCACCCUAAAGAAAGUGGGAAUUGUGCUGCUAACUGGAGCUGCUGCUAGGCAGGGGGAGUUGGUUAAACUUGGCCACAGGAUUGGUUUCCUGCGUCUCACUUUUUAUGGACCGACUUGGCAAGUGCAAGACAAAGCAGAUGCUAACAACGUGGCUUACACCACCGGGAAGCUGUGCUUCCACACCGAUUACCCUGUCCUGCAGCAUCCACCUGGGGUUCAGUUUCUCCACUGUAUAAAGCAAACAGCUGCAGGAGGUGAGAGUGAAGUUGUAGAUGGCUUCCACGUAUCCAACAAGCUGAAGCAACAAAAUCCUCAAGCAUUUCAGAUCCUGUCCUCUACUGCUGUAGACUAUACGGAUGUCGGGGUCGACUACUGUGAUUUUGCCGUGCAGUGUAAGCAAAGGAUUAUAGAUGUGGAUUACAGAGGCCAAGUAGUUCGCAUCAAUUAUAAUAAUGCAACAAGAGACACAGUGUUUGACAUACCAGCUGAAAAAGUGCGGCCGUUUUAUGCAGCUCUAAAGGAAUUUGAUGAUUUAUUAAACAGCAGAGAACACAAGUUUACUUACAAGCUGAAACCAGGAGACGUAGUAACGUUCGAUAACUGGCGCGUGCUUCAUGGUCGCCAGAGCUUCCAGGUGGGAUCAGAGAUGACUCGCCACCUCGAGGGUGCCUACGCCGACUGGGAUGUGGUCAUGUCAAGGCUCCGGCUCCUCCGAAAGAGGGUCCUGAAUUGGGACUGAGCUUUCUUCUGACCAGAACAAGCAAAACUAGAUUGUCUAACCUCAGAAAAA